AAUGUUUCACUUCCUCUUCCUACUACUCUUCCUCCUCCACACUGCCGCAUAAAAGCGAAAAUGGCUUCUGAUUCAAGCGAUGGUCGUGUACAGAAAAUGGAAGUGGAUUACUCAUCCACCGUCGAUGAAAAAGUACCAAAAUGUGAAAAAAUGGCCAAGCAAGGAAAUCUGACUGAGGCCAUAGAUAUGUUAUUGUCUUUAGAGAAACAAACUCGAACUGGUGCUGAUACUCACUCAACCAGUAGGAUUUUGGUAGCCAUAGUGAAGCUUUGCUUUGAUGCAUCUAACUGGGGACUACUUAAUGAACACAUUGUGCUACUUACCAAGAAGCGUGGACAAAUCAAACAGGCUGUAACAAAAAUGAUUCAAGAAGCUUGUACCUAUGUUGAGAAAACUCCUAACCAAGAAGAGAAACUAAAGUUGAUUGAUACCCUUAGAACUGUAACUGCUGGUAAGAUUUAUGUUGAGAUUGAGAGAGCUCGCCUUACUCGUAUCUUAGCCAAAAUCAAAGAAGAUGAAAACAACAUAAGUGAGGCUGCCAACAUAUUACAAGAACUCCAGGUUGAAACUUUUGGUUCCAUGGACAAAAAGGAGAAAGUGGAAUUUAUUUUGGAACAGAUGAGGUUGUGUUUGGCCAAGAAGGAUUACAUUCGCACCCAGAUCAUCAGUAAAAAGAUCAGCACCAAAUUCUUUGAGGAAAAAGACACUACAGAUCUAAAGCUGAAAUACUACCAGUUGAUGAUAGAACUUGAUGAACACGAGGGAUCAUACCUUGCCAUCUGUAAGCAUUACCGAGCAGUUUAUGACACCUCUGCCAUCCAAGAGGACAAAGAGAAAAUGGCAUCGGCCUUGAAAUGUGUUAUACUUUACCUUAUUUUGGCUCCAUAUGACAAUGAACAGUCAGAUUUACUUCAUAGAAUUGGAGAGGAGAAGAAUCUUAGUGAAAUUUCUAAAUACAAAGAGCUGCAUAGUUUGUUUACAACAAGUGAACUUAUUUACUGGAAACAGUUGUGUGCUGAUUUUGAAACUGAAUUGAAAGAAGGUUCUAAAGAUUGUCCAGCUACACAUGUUUUUGAUGUUAACUCUCCUGCUUCCAAAAAAAGAUGGCAGGAUCUGAAAAAUCGAGUUGUAGAACAUAAUAUUCGUGUGAUGGCAAAAUAUUAUACCAGGGUACGAAUGAAUAGGAUGGCCCAACUGCUUGAUCUCUCAGAAGAUGAAACUGAAGAAUUUUUGUCCAAUCUAGUAGUCAACAAGACGGUUCAGGCGAAAAUGGACCGUCUCGAUGGUAUCAUCAAUUUCCGGCAACACAGAGAUCCGAAUAACAUUUUAAAUGACUGGUCUUCCAACAUAAGUCGGUUGAUGCAGUUAGUAAACAAAACUAACCAUCUCAUCACGAAAGAGGAGAUGGUACAUAAGUUGCAUUGAUCUACAUGUUUCAACAUCAUUAUUCGUUGGCUUCUAAGAAAAAAAAAAGAAAUUCUUCAAAUUUUUCAUUUACUGAAAAAAAAAA